AUGAGCACGAUAGCAGGAGAUCAUGGAGUCAAAGAUUGGGUUUUGCAGCCACAGUCAGAAUACCGCUUUGAAGUGGACGCAAAACGACCGAUUGGGAUCAAGGUCUUGACGGGAAAUGCAGAAGUCUUUGGUUCUGAAAUGGCUCCUGGGAGGCUCUAUCUCUUUGCUUAUGAGUGCAAGGCCGCACUCAUGACUUGGCAAGGCUGCACGAUACAGAUGAGCAGGCCUGCUACGGAGUAUGUAUCCGACGAGACCACCAUGGCAUCUUAUGCCAAUCUCCAUCUGGCCUUUGAGCAAAUGCGGAUCCGUGCGCGUCGCGACGAACGUCGGGCAAUUGAUGGUGGGCCCGAAAUGAACGAGGAUGAGGACGACAAUGAUCCUCCUCGCGUCUUAAUUAUUGGACCAGAGAACUCUGGAAAGACGACGGCAUGCAAGAUUCUUCUCAACUAUGCAGUCAGAGGGAUGGCGACAUGUACUCCGUUAUUCGUUAAUCUCGAUCCGAGCGAGGGAGCCGUGACCGCCCCAGGUACUCUAUCGGCCUGCAUCGUAGACUCUCCUCUCCCGACCUCUUCCCCGGCGAAUCCACUCGGUAUCUCUGCAACAUCGGCCCCCACGGCUUUAACGUCCUCCAAGCUGAUCCCACUCGUCCAUUGGUAUGGCCAUACGGACAUCCGUAAAAACCCUCGACUCGUCGAGCACCUUAUUCGAGUUCUCAACGAGGAAUGUCAGGAGCGCUUGGAGUUGGACGUACUGGGCAAGUUUUCUCCUUUAUUCCAGGUCUAUAGCUCAUCACCACCAGCCCGCACAUCCGGCCUCUUCAUUGAUACACCAGCAAAUUUCACCUCCAUACCCGGAGAAGACAAGUAUUCUCUCGUCAAGACAACCGUCCACGCCUUUAAAGGCGAGCCUGUCCUUAUCUUUCAACUGUUUCUUCUAACCACUGAUUUAGUAAACACUAUCCUCGUGCUAGGCAACGAAAAGCUCACCUUUGAGAUGCAAAACCUAUUCAACACCGAUGUCUCUCCUCACGCCAGCCCCAUCAAUGUGGUCAAAAUACCGCGAUCUGCCGGUGUCGCCGAGCUCGAUAGUAGUUACAGAGAACGCGUGCAGGCAUAUCAGGUCAAGAAUUACUUUUACGGUGCCCCUAUUCAACUCCCACUCGAACUUGCCAACGCCAAUUCGAAUGCAUUUGGCGAUGGUCAAGGUCCCAAUCUUGCGGGUCUCAAGCUCGGUGGUGAAGCGGCGAUUAUGGAUCUGGUCCUCUCGCCGCACUCAUCUGUCAUUGCCUUUGACGACAUUUCCAUCUAUCGUAUUGGCCAAGAUUCCUUUGCACCUUCUUCUGCUCUCCCUAUUGGCGCUUCGCGAGCGUUGAGCGAGAUGCAACCCGUCAAAAUUGACCCUUCGCAGCCUGGGUCGGGUAUCGUCAAUACGAUGCUAGCGCUCCUUUCCUUGACAGCACCAGACGAUCCUACGGCAUCAAUCGACGAAGAAAUUAUCGAUUCGGAUGUAAUUGGCUUCAUUGUCAUCACAUCUAUGGAUAUGGAGAAUAGAAAAAUGACGGUUCUGGCACCAUCUGCCGCAAAUCUUACGGGCAAAAUAGCGUUGACAGGUUCAAUACAGUGGCCAGACGUGUAA